UUUUCUUUCGGUGCAAAUUUCUUAGAUCUCCAGUAUGUCAUCAGUGAUUGCCACAAAGUUUGGCGUAAUCCGACGUAAGUUGAUGUCUAAUUCCCAAAUGUUAGUAUGGAGUUCGUAUAAAUCGUUAGCCAUUGCAGGACUAGUAUUCUUAUACCCAUUAUACACUGUUCUCGCAAACCAUCUUUGCAGCCAAUCUUCGGCAGUAACCAUUGCGAGCUUCAAACACAAGUGGGGUUCCUCUGAAACUGUUGAAUCACAAACCAACAUUAGCCAUUUAGUAUUUGGGAUUUCUGGUUCCACAAACAGAUGGAAGAACAGGAGGGCUUACAUUGAAUCAUGGUGGCAACCCAAUAUAACCAGAGGAUUCAUAUUUCUCGAUCAACCUCCAAACGAAUUCCUUCCAUGGCCUUCAACUUCUCCACCUUUUCGAGUCUCCGAAGACAUCGCUAGAUACAAACAAUACCAUCAUCACAAAAUGCCUAACGCAGUACGGCUUGCACGCGUUGUUUUGGAGACUCUUGGGGAGGAAAACAGAGGAGUAAGGUGGUAUAUAAUGGCCGACGAUGAUACAGUAUUUUUUGUGGAUAAUCUGGUAGAAGUGUUGGCUAAAUAUGAUCAUAGAAAGUACUUUUAUGUUGGUAUGAACUCGGAAUGCGUAUCGUCGAACCUUGCUCAUUCAUUUGAUAUGGCAUUUGGAGGAGCAGGGUAUGCUAUGAGCUUUCCUCUGGCCGAAGCAGUGGCAAGAAAUAUUGACUCUUGCAUCAUGAGAUAUUCAACAUUGCUUUGGAGUGAUCAAAUAUUGCAGUCCUGUGUUGCUGAUCUUGGAGUUUCCCUGACCAAGGAAAAAGGUUUCCAUCAGAUUGAUCUUCAUGACGACAUAUCUGGGCUUCUCUCUGCACAUCCACAAGCACCAGCAAUCUCACUGCACCACCUCGACCUUGUAGACUCCAUCUUCCCCUCCUUGAACCGUUACGAUGCCUUAAACCAUCUGAUGAAAGCAAGGAGAGCCGAUUCGUCACGACUUCUGCAACAAACCAUUUGCUAUGACAAGAAAAAAAAGUGGUCAUUCUCUGUUUCAUGGGGUUACUCUGCUCAUAUUUACGAGAGAUUUCAACCUCCAAGUCUACUACAAAGGCCUCUUCAGACAUUCAGUUCGUGGAAAAAGAGGCCUGCGUUGCCUUACAUGUUCAACACUCGGAUUGUGUCGAAGGAUCCGUGCGAGGCUCCUCAUGUAUUCUACUUUGAUUCUGUUGUGGAAACAAGAGAUAAUGAGAUGCUGACGAGCUAUGUUCGAAUGUCUCCGCCAAGGCUACCAGCUUGUGCGUCGAGUGGCAAUCACUCUGCUGAUUUCGUAUCAGUAAUUCGUGUUGUCUCCCCUGUUAGUGCUAGGAGACGUGAUGGUGUGUCUGGAAGCAGAAGAGAAUGCUGUGACGUUGGGCAUGUUGCUGGCAAGAAUAUCACGGAGAUCAAGUUUAGGUGCUGCAAGAAAGAAGAAUUAGUGGCGUAAUUAUCACAAAUUACCUUAAAACUUAACCAGAGAAAGCUUUUGUAUUAAUUACAAUUUCGGGUUGAACAUGGGGGUUUUGCCAUUAUUGAUUCCUUCCAUGAUACGGUGACGUUUUAGUCGUCAUAGCUUGGAUGGUGCUGCAAAAGUGC